AUGCGCGACGCCAGGUUGCUGUGCGUGCUUUGCGUCUCCCACGUGGCGCACGCUGUGCCGCUCCCGCCGCCACUCGGUGUGACCAGCGCUCAGGAGCGCCCUCUACUGCGGCAUCCAGAGUUCAGGAUUGCGUUUACUCUGCCGUGGAUCGGAUCGGCCUUCCCCGUCUGGGCGCCCUACUUCUUCGCCUCGUGCAGCCGGUCUAGCUUCAUUGCUGACUGGCUGAUCUUUCACGAGGGCUGCUGCCCUAGAAUACACAGCGCCCACCGGCAGUUGCUCGAGCAAAGCAGCGGUGCAGGGUGCCUGACAACGUCAAAUUAUACAACCUUGGCGGCCAAGGCCUACAUGCUCUCGUACCCAGACGUGGCGCCGCGCCCCUCUAAUCUGGCUCAUUUUCAAAAGGUCUUGGCAGCCUCUUCGGCACUCGGCUUGCGGCUGCCCUUGGGCACUGUCUUCCGAGACUACCUCCGAGGCUACUCGCACUGGUCAUACACAGACAUGGACCUGUUUGUCGGCGACUUGCCACUCUUUAUCGAGCUGACAGAGCUACGGGACUACGACAUCUUCACCUACACCCAGGGUGAUACUGAAAAUCUGUAUCUGCGCGGCCAGUUCGCGCCUCACCGCAACACGCCGUCCGUCAACGCGCUCUUUUUGAGGUGCCCGCGGCUGGGCGCGGGGCUGACCGAGUCGCUCGAGGCCAAGAGCCGUGAGGCUGAGAGCUCAAGGCGCGGACCGCACGAGCAAUACUUCCCAGACGACGAGGGCUGCUACUCGUGGGUCGUCGCGACCAGCUCGGCGCGCGUCCGCUACGCCCCCAAGGCCUUUGCAGACAUGGACUUCAGGCCGGUCUUCUUUGCAGAUGGCGCAAUCCUCAGGGAUGCCAGCGCUGACCGCGCCGUGCCGUCGGGCGGCUCAGCCGCGUGCAGUCUGGGCCAGGGCAGGAUGGAUACCGCCCCGUCGAUGGCAAUGGCGGGCGCCCAGCGGACCGUGGGGCCCCCUUUCCGCGUGGAACUCUCGCCAGCGUGCCCAUCAGAGGGCUGGCGACUCAACCGCUCGGGCUGGCCCGGCGAACAAGGAGCUGGAGAGUGGAGCUGGAACUGGAAUGUGGAGCAUGCAGACGGGUCGUGGUGGGCGCAAGUCAUGGCCCCGGUCGAGCUUCAAGGCGGCUGCGAAGAGGGCGCGUUCUUCCACUUCCAAACUUGGAAGCGUCAGUACAAGACGCUGGCCUACGGCAGUCCCGGGCUACCCGCACUGCGAGGCGGCCGCCACUGGAGGGCAUCGCCUGAGGGGCUGCUCCCCGUCGUCGCCCCCGACGGCGCUCUCGACAGAGGGCUGAAUUUGUCCGAAGGGGGUUUGUUGACUGGUUGA